CACAACAAAUCAUAAAAGCCGGGGAAAGGACGGCAAAAAAGCUCCUUCCAAUGAGUUCUUAUUUUGUCAACUCGACCUUCCCGGUGAGUCUGGCGGCGGGGCAGGAGCCCUUCCUGGGACAGAUCCCGCUAUAUCCCUCGGGCUAUGCGGAUCCUUUGAGGCACUAUCCCAGCACCUAUGGAGCCACGGGAGUCCAGGAGAAAGGUUAUACCUCCUCUCCUUACUACCAGCAAAGCAACGGAGCCUACAGCCGCAGCUCCGCCUGUGACUAUGGGGCCGGCGGUUUUUUCAGGGAGAAGGACCCUGCGUGUGGCCCCCCCAGCCUGGACGAGGUGCCCUUCGCCCCCGAGCCGCGCAAAUCGGACUGCGCGCAGAGCAAAAGUGUGUUCGGAGAGAGCGAGGAGCAAAAGUGUUCCGCCCCGGUUUACCCCUGGAUGCAGCGGAUGAACUCUUGCAAUAGUUCUUCCUUUGGGCCCAGCGGUCGCCGAGGCCGCCAGACCUACACCCGCUACCAGACCCUGGAGCUGGAGAAGGAAUUUCACUUCAACCGCUACCUGACCCGGCGCCGAAGGAUUGAGAUCGCUCAUUCCCUUUGCCUGACGGAGAGGCAGAUCAAAAUCUGGUUCCAGAACCGUAGGAUGAAGUGGAAAAAAGAGAAUAAAUUGCUCAACUCCUCGCAACUCAGCGCGGAGGAAGAGGAGGAGAAAACAGCGGAGUGA